AAGAAAAUGGUAAAGAAACUAAGGGCAGAAGAGAAUUCUUUGAGGGGAUAUGACAUUCGUGAGCUGUUGGAAAGGCUUAAGGGUGAGUUAGAUGGGAAGUACUUGGUGGUUUUGGAUGCCGUGUGGGGAACAGAUGAAGGGAGGUGGUGGGAUAGCUUGAAGUCCGCUUUGCCCCGAGUGGAGGGUAGCUGUGUUAUUGUUACAACAAGGAAUGAGAAGGUUACUAAAUCAAUGGGGGCUACCGAUAGGUGCAUACAUUGUUCACAAGUUCUUUCAGAUGAAGAUAGUUGGUCCUUAUUCAGCAAAGUUGCUUUUGCAAGAAACGGAGGUAAGUGCACAAAUCCGGAUUUGGAGGGCUUGGGAAAGGAGAUCGUUGAGGGUUGUGGGGGGCUUCCUUUGGCAAUCAACAUUGUGGGUGGAAUGAAGUUGGGGAAAGGUGAUUCCAUCCAUGAAUGGAGGCAAAUAUCAGAGCACCUAAAGGAGGAGUUGGAAUUCAGUAAGAAAGAUGAGCUGGUCAUUAUGAGACUAGAGUUAAGCUAUGAAGAGCUCCCAACACAGUUAAAACCUUGCUUCUUGUCCCUUGCCAUGCUUCCUGAAGAUUAUGAAAUACCAGUUAGGUACAUUGUUGAAUCGUGGAUUGGUGAAGGUUUUAUUUGGGGAAGAAAUGGGAAAACGGCAUUAGAGAUCGGAGAAGACUGCCUUACAAAAUUAUUUAAUCGAUUUUUGAUGCUUGGAGUGGAUAAAGAUGACUUCGAAAAAAGCUUCCUUGGUUGCAAAAUGCACGAUAUGGUUCGAGAUAUGUUUAUAAAAAUUGCAAGAGAAGAGGACUUUUUUGUGAGGUUGGACUGUGGAGAUAGGCCUGCAUUCAUUGUGCAGCCUCGCCGCUGGGGAGGCUUGGGAAUUUCGAUGAACACAACAGUGGGGAGCAUCCAAAACAGUUCUACCAAGCUGCGGACAUUGGUUGGGGUGGACAUUGAGCACAGAGAGAUUGUUGCAAGUGUAGAAGCAAAACUAUGCAAACUAAGGUGGUUGAGGGUCUUAUGUCUUUCAUUCUCAAACACAGAAAUCGAUGAAGAUAUUGUGGGCAAGAAUUGGUUGAGUAGGAUAGGGUCAUUACAGCACCUUGUUUUUCUUAGAAUCGAGAAUUCUGCCUUGAGAACACUCCCAGAUUCAAUCAGACAUCUUUAUAAUCUUCAGAUUCUAUGUUUAGUCGAGUGCACCAAUUUGGAAAGGCUUCCUCUGUCAAUCACGACAUUGGAGAAGUUCACAGCUAUCGAAAUCAUUGAUUGUCCGCCUUUAGAAUGCAUGCCGGCAGGGCUUGGAAAGCUUUCAAAUCUCGAACGGUUAUUUGGGUUUAGUCCUGUGAAUUCGGGUCGUACAAAUGGAUCAUCUAUUUCGCAAUUGAAGAACUUGCCAAGACUCAGAGAACUUUACAUGAAGAUAAAGUCAGAGGAAGAAAUAGAAGAAGUGGAAUGGAAUUUGUUAUCAAUGCUCCAGCAUCUGCAAAUUCUAAUUCUAGACUUUGAGGACAGUUCUCUUGAAAGUGACAGAUUUGUAAGGAAGAUACACCGUCAGCUUUCUGCUCCUCUUAAAUGCCUUAGGGAGUUGGAUCUUGGGUACUACCCAGGAGAAAGAACACCUGCGUGGCUCGAUCCUACUUCCCUUCCCAAUCUUCAGUUUCUUUUCAUUGGUGGGGGAAGAAUUAGGCAGAUGGGUCCCAGAUUUUGGGACAGCGAGAGUGGGGUAUGGAGAGUGGAGGUCUUGGUGCUACAAGACCUAGACGAGAUGGAAAAAGAGUGGCCGAGGAUGCGAAGGGCAAUGCCGUCUUUAAGACUCCUCAAGGUUAGUGAUUGUCCGAAGCUUAAGUCAUUCCCAUGCGAUGUUACAAUUGAUGAUUGGAGCAUAUGGCGGAAAGAGGAAGAAGAAGAAGGUAAGGCUACUGUAAUUCAAUUGUAA